AUGUCUAACCCUCAGGACUACACAGUCGGAUGGAUCUGCGCAUUAAGGACGGAAUAUGUUGCCGCACAAGAAUUCCUUGAUGACGAGCAUGAACCACCGGAUUUUGUCUCGCCUAAUGACACCAACGACUACACAUUGGGCAGGCUUGGAAAACACAACGUCGUCAUAGCCGUGUUACCUGACGGUGAAUAUGGAACAGCUUCAGCUGCUAGUGUGGCUACAAAUAUGCUUCACAGUUUCCCAAAUGUCAGGAUCGGCUUGAUGGUGGGUAUUGGUGGCGGGGCACCAAGUAAGCAUGAUAUCCGUCUUGGCGAUAUUGUGGUUAGCGCGCCUCGUGACGGCGAGGGCGGUGUUUUUCAGUACGACUUCGGCAAAACAAUACAGGACCAGGCCUUCCAAUAUACACGAUUUUUAAACCAACCUCCAACAAUACUACGCGCUGCAGUGACGGGGAUCCAGGCCCAGUACAAGAGGAAGGGGCAUCAGCUCGAAGAGACUAUUAGACUUGUUCUCGAGAAGAAUCCAAGGUUACGUCCGGAAUAUGCACGGCCGCAGCCAAGUACUGACAGGCUGUUUCAUCCUCAUGUCAUCCACGAUCCAAGAGGCUGUGCAACAUUCUGUGCGAGAGAACCAUCGCAUCUGGUAGAACGACAAGGGCGAACGACAUAUGAGGAUAACCCCGCGAUCCACUACGGCUUGGUGGCUUCUGCAAACCAGCUGAUGAAAGAUGCUGUGGUCCGUGACCGACUUGCGGCAGAGAAAGAUGUUCUAUGUUUUGAAAUGGAAGCAGCGGGCUUGAUGAGUCAUUUCCCAUGCCUGGUUAUACGGGGUAUAUGCGACUAUUCUGACUCUCACAAGAACAAAGAGUGGCAGGGAUAUGCUGCAAUGGCUGCGGCAGCUUAUGCUAAAGAUCUCCUCUCUCGCAUCCCGCCUAAUAAGAUUGAAGCAGAGAAGAGGAUCAUUGAUGUACUUUCUUCGGUCGAGAAGAAUAUUAUAACCGAAAUGCAUGAAAUGGCUGAAAAGACGAAUGUUGUAAUCAAAAUCUCAGAUGGUGACCGACGGCGCGAAAAAGUCAUUGCAAAGCUACCGUACGCAAAAGGUUCCACAUUUGACUCUUUCGAUAGGGCUCUUGAUUCGAUAUGCCAUCCAGAAACCAGAAUUGACUUGCUCCAUCAAAUCAAAGAAUGGGCAGAAAACAGACAAGGAAAGUCGAUGUUCUGGCUGAAAGGAAUGGCUGGUACGGGAAAAUCAACGAUUUCUCGAACAAUAGCCGAUGCUUUGAAUAGGGAAGGAAAACUAGGAGCUAGCUUUUUCUUUAGGCGAGGCGAGAGAGAUCGCAGUAGCGUGGCUAUGCUUUUUACCACAAUUUGUGCCCAGCUCUUGGUCAAGAUUCCGUCACUGGUCGCUCACGUCGAAACGGCCGUUGAUGCGGACCCCAACUUAUCGGACAAGUCCAUGGGAGAGCAAUUUGAGAAGCUUAUCUAUCAACCCCUGUCACGGAUUCAGCGUCACCACACUGAAGUCUCUCAUCUUGUUAUCGUGAUUGAUGCCUUGGACGAAUGUUCGCGAGAUGGAGACACUCUGCUUCGCCUUUUAUCACAAACAAGAGAUAAGUGGUCACCAAGCUUGCGGAUAUUUAUUACUAGUCGACCAGAGCAGCCAAUCCGAUCCGGAUUUAAAGAAGUGCCAGUAGAUGUACUCGACUAUAUGGAGCUUCAUGAGAUACCGCAGCCUAUCAUCAGGCAAGACAUUGCCACUUUCUUAACAUACAGGUUUGCGCAAAUCCGAGUUCAGUAUACUAACGACGGCAGGACACUUUCACCUGGUUGGCCUGGCUCAGAAGUCUUGUCAGCCCUGGUUGAAAUGGCUGUUCCGCUCUUCAUUUUUGCCGCUACCGUAUGCCGUUUUGUGGAAGAUCCAGCGUGGUCCGACCCAACAGGCCAGCUGAAAAAAGUUCUUGAAUAUCGAGAUAUGAAGAGUGACUCUGAGAUGGAUAAGCUAGAUGCCACGUACUCACCAAUUCUGAACCAGCUAAUCCAUGGAAAGCCACAAAAGGCACAGCAAUCACUGGUGCAGAGGUUUCGAGGCAUUGUAGGCACAAUUACACACUUAGCAGAGCCCCUUUCACGAUCAUCUCUAGCGUCUUUGCUUAAUAUUGAUAGCCAGCAGAUUGAGGGGCAGCUCGCAUGUCUUCAUUCUGUCCUUAGUGUGCCAUCCUCUGCGGACUCUCCAAUCAGAAUGAUGCACCUCUCGUUCCGUGAUUUUCUCGUCGAUUUUGACAAACGUCACACAAAUCCAUUCUGGGUGGACGAGAGGGAAACUCACAAGAUGAUCAUAGCUAAAUGCCUUGAACGAAUGUCUCAACCGGGAAGUCUUCACGAAAAUAUAUGCAAUCUGCCGGGCUACGGAACACUACGAGCUGAGAUCGAUGGCAGAAUCAUAACCAGCUACUUACCCCCAGAUAUUCAAUAUGCUUGCCGCUUCUGGGUAUACCAUUUGAAACAGAGUCAGACGCGCAUAAAUGACGGUGAUUCAAUCCAUACGUUUCUACAGGAUCACUUCUUACAUUGGCUGGAAUCAUUGAGCCUUUUAGGAAGAAUUGCAGAAAGUAUCCCGCUAGUCCGGACAUUACAGACUGUUAGUGAUAAAGACACAGAAAUAUACAAAUUCCUCGAUGAUGCAAUACGGUUUAUUCGAAAGAACAUCUUGAUGAUUGAUCAGGCGCCUCUCCAGCUCUAUGUAUCGGCGCUCAUCUUUACACCAAAAAGUAGUAUAAUAAGGAAUAAAUACAUCGAUAAAAUCCCUAGUUGGAUUCAGGAAUUAGCAGACAUGGAAUCAGCCUGGGGUGCAGUGCUACAGACUCUCGAAGGCCAUUCUGGCUCGGUUUCGGCGGUGGCGUUCUCUCCUAACGGCAAGCUGGUGGUCUCCGGCUCCCGUGACGGGACCAUCAAGCUGUGGGAUCUAGCUACUGGCGCUCUGCAGCAGACCCUUAAAGGCCAUUCCAGCUGGGUUCAAGCAGUGGCGUUCUCUCCCGACGGCAAGCUGGUGGCCUCAGGCUCCUUGGAUGAGACUGUCAAGCUGUGGGAUCCAUCUACUAGCACUCUGCAGCAGACGCUCAAAGGCCAUUCUAGCUGGGUUUGGGCAGUGACGUUCUGUCCCAACGGUAAGCUGGUGGCCUCAGGCUCCGGUGACAGGACCAUCAAGCUGUGGGAUCUGACUACUGGCGCUCUGCAGCAGACUCUUGGAGGCCAUUCGGAUUCAGUUCAGGCAGUGGCAUUCUCUCCCGAUGGCAAGCUGCUUGCCUCAGGCUCCAGUGACAGUACCGUCAAGCUGUGGGAUCCAGCUACUGGCGCUCUGCAACAGAGUCUUGAAGGUCAUUCUAACUCUGUUGAGGCAGUGGCGUUCUCUCCCGAUGGCAAGAUGCUUGCCUCAGGCUCCAGUGACGGGACCAUCAAGCUGUGGGAUCCAGCUACUAGCGCUCUGCAACAGAGUCUUGAAGGUCAUUCUAACUCUGUUGAGGCAGUGGCGUUCUCUCCCGACGGUAAGCUGGUGGCCUCAGGCUCCUUUGAUGAGACUGUCAAGCUGUGGGAUCUGGCUACUAGCACUCUGCAGCAGACGCUUCAAGGCCAUUCCAGCUGGGUUCAAGCAGUGGCGUUCUCUCCCGACGGCAAGCUGGUGGCCUCAGGCUCCAAUGACAGGACCGUCAAGCUGUGGGAUCUGACGCCUGCCGCCCUGCAGCAGACGCUCGAAGGCCAUUCUAGCUGGGUUCAGACAGUGGAGUUCUCUCCGGGUGGCGAAUUUUUGGCGACUGAUCAAGGACAAUUCAAUACUGAAUCUCUCCUCUCCCUAACAGCAAGUAGUCUCUAUAACAAUAUACGAUUGCAGAAUGAAUGGGUGACUUACAAUAACGUUAAAGUUAUUUGGUUACCUAUUGAGUAUCGCACAAUUUUUUUUCAUGUCCAUGAAAGCAUGCUGGUUAUGAAGCAUGGCUCAGGUCGAGUUUCUUAUCUCAAGGUGAUCUAA